AUGUGUGUCUGUGAGGAGGAGGUGGAGGAAGAGCCGGAAGAGGAGGAAACAGACUUGUCCCUGUCCCCUGAGCCUCCGUCGCCGCCGGACUACUUCACACGCUCCUACACGCCGCCUCCCUCCGGGCCGCCCUCCCCACCCUACAGCAGCAAGCCCAUCCUCACGCUGGGGGGGUACGAGGCCAACGGACCCUCGUGCCUGCCCUGUGGCUACCCAUUCCGGGGCGUCCGCAGGCCCCCAGGAUACGCCCUGUGCCCGUCCUGCUCGGGCCUCUUGCCCAACCACAUGCACAGACACGAGGGCCUCCGCAACGGCGGGGGCAGGGUGAGCUACCAGCAGCCGCAGCCUGACUUCGACGUGCAGUCGGAGCGCGACAGCUUCCGGAAGAUGAACCUGAUCCGCUGGGUCACCAUGCAUGAGGUAGUGGCCCACCGCAGUUUCAGUACUGAUGUCUAGAGCUGCCCUGGCAGUAUGGCGGUAUUGCUAGGCGAUCCCUUCCAUACAGGCCUAAUGUUAUUCUGCUGGC